GGCCCUCACCUUUCUGCCCGCUGCUCUGUUUGCAGCCACCCGGGACCAGUCAUCCCAGACACGACAGUCCUGGGUCAGCGCACUAGACCCAGCGGAGACCCCUGCCUGCCCCGAGCCCAGCCAGGAUCAGAGGUCCUGGAGCCCCCUCCUCUAACCAGCCCAAAGUCCGAGCCUCUAAAAGCCAAGCUGAGCAGUUAGGGGCGGGUCAAUUGUGGCAGACCAGAGCCUCUAGGAGGCCCUUCCUCUCCUGCGCAGAGCCGGGCCAAGGGCGGUCACCCGGAGCCCCCUCCCCUAAGCCCGAGCGGGGUGGCCGGAAGCAGAGCGCCCUUCCUCGGUUAGUCGAGGCUUCCAGGCCUGGCGACUCGAAAACCGCCCGGAGCACCCGGCUUGCCCGACCUGGCCCGGCCGCGAGGUCCCCGGCAGGGGGCGGCCUCGCUCCGCGCCACCCGCUCCUCCCGCAUUCGCCGCCGCCGCCCGGGAUGCCGCUCCUCCCCCGGCCCCGCCUCCCUGGCCCCCGCGCCGCCCGCCCGUCCGCCCGUCUCCGCAAGGCCAUCGGUCCGUCCGCCCGCCCUCCCGGCGCUCCUCGCCCCGGCCCCGCUACUCCGGCAGCGCGCGUCGCUUCCUCCGUUCCGGCCGCCGCUAGCCCGUCCCCCGCCCCCGGUCCGGCCGCCGCCGCUACGCGAGGCCGGGGAUUGGCAGCGCGCGUAGGCCGCGCCGCCGCGGAUGGAGCCGGAAUAAAGGGGCGGCCGAGAGAGCAGCUGGUCGCCGCUCGCCUCGCGCCUGCCCUGCAGGCGGCCUGGAGCAGAACGGAUCACUGGGGAAGGCAGAGCCUCCCCAGCACUGCUGAGACCCUCCCUUGAAGAGCCCCCAUGUCCUGUAGGCAGAGCCUUGUAGUCUGUCCGCUUGGUUACUGACUCGGGCUGUCUGACCAGCCCCUCUUCUGUGCCUUGUCUGAGGUCCUUGUCCAUCUCUGUGAUCGGGCAGCUUCUCUCUCUGGAUUGGGUCACUUGAAGCGGGAAACUGAAGCCAUUACUCUCCAAACCCUGUUUCAUCUUCCCAAGCAUGUCGGAAAGCUGGCAACAGCCGCCACAGACGCAGCCGCAGCAGCCACAGCCACCGCAGCCUCAGCACCAUGCAGAGCCACCGCCAGCCCUGGCAGAGCACACGCUGCCACCGGGCACGGCGGAGAACCCCCUGGGCUGUGCCGUCUAUGGCAUCCUCUUGCAGCCAGACCCGGGCCUGCAGCCCCAACAACACGCACCCCUGCAGGCAGCAGGAGAGUCAGGCCCCAAAUGUGGCGUGUGUGGUCACGACCUGGCGCACCUGUCCAGUCCGCAUGAGCACCAGUGUCUGGCGGGCCAUGACCGCUCAUUCCAGUGCACACAGUGUCUCAAGAUCUUCCACCAGGCCACUGACCUGCUGGAGCACCAGUGCGUGCAGGCUGAGCAGAAGCCCUUCGUAUGUGGGGUCUGCAAGAUGGGCUUCUCACUACUCACCUCACUGGCACAGCACCACAGCUCCCACAGUGGCCUGGUGAAGUGUUCCAUCUGUGAAAAGACCUACAAGCCAGCCGAGGCAGCGGAGCCGGCCACCACUGCCGCCCCGUCGCUUCCCGCAGCACCCCCGCCUUCCACUGUCACCCCUGCUGAACAGGCCGAUAAGCCCUACAGCUGCCCCAUCUGCCAAAAGCCCUUCAAGCACCUGUCGGAGCUCUCUCGGCAUGAGCGGAUCCACACCGGUGAGAAGCCCUACAAGUGCACGCUGUGUGACAAAAGCUUCAGCCAGUCGUCGCACCUGGUGCACCACAAGCGCACGCACAGCUCCGAGCGGCCCUACAAGUGUGCAGUCUGUGAGAAGACCUUCAAGCACCGCUCUCACCUGGUGCGCCACAUGUACGCGCACUCAGGCGAGCACCACCUGUUCCGCUGCAACGUGUGCGAGUUGCAUUUCAAGGAGUCGUCGGAGCUGCUGCAGCACCCGUGCACGCCAAGUGGGGAGCGGCCCUUCCGCUGCGGCGAGUGCCAGAAGGCCUUUAAGCGGCCCUCGGACCUGCGGCAGCAUGAGCGCACACACAGCGCCGAGCGGCCCUUCAAGUGCGACCUGUGCCCCAUGGGCUUCAAGCAGCAGUAUGCACUGAUGCGCCACCGGCGCACGCACAAGACCGAGGAGCCCUUCAAAUGCGGCCUGUGUGAGAAGGGCUUUGGGCAGCCCAGCCACCUGCUCUACCACCAGCACGUGCACACCCUCGAGACUCUCUUCAAGUGCCCCGUGUGCCAGAAGGGCUUUGACCAAUCUGCCGAGCUGCUGCGGCACAAGUGCCUGCCCGGCGCGGCCGAGCGGCCCUUCAAGUGCCCUGUGUGCAACAAGGCCUACAAGCGCGCGUCGGCCCUGCAGAAGCAUCAGCUGGCCCACUGUGCGGCAGCAGAGAAGCCCCUGCGCUGCACGCUGUGCGAACGCCGCUUCUUCUCUUCUUCCGAGUUCGUGCAGCACCGCUGCGAUCCGGCCCGCGAGAAGCCACUCAAGUGCCCAGACUGCGAGAAACGCUUCAAGUACGCGUCAGACCUGCAGCGGCACCGGCGGGUACACACGGGCGAGAAGCCCUACAAGUGCCCCAACUGCGACAAGGCCUUCAAGCAGCGGGAGCAUCUCAACAAGCACCAGGGCGUGCACGCCCGCGAGCAGCAGUUCAAGUGCGUAUGGUGCGGGGAGCGCUUCCUAGACGUGGCCUUGUUGCAGGAGCACAGUGCGCAGCAUAGUGCCGCCGCCGCGGCAGCGGAGGGCGCCUACCAGGUAGCCGCCUGCCUGCCCUGACUCCGCGGCUGUGGCCCCUACUAGCCUGACCUGAGUCGGCGCCGUGGGCCUAGCAGGCCUCGCGCAGCCUAGCUCCUCACAGCUGCCUUGCACCGAGGGCCCCACCCAGCUCGGUGUUCUGAGACCUCGGGAGUGAGGACACAGGGGUAUGAAGCAGAGAGAGGGUGUGGUGCUCGUACUCCUGGCACCAGCGGGCAGUGCGGGCAGCCAGAUUGCUGUGGCCCAUCCUGAUUCCACAAACCUCUUUCCCAUCACAAGAUUCACUUUCUUGAGAGCCAUCAGCCCCCCUUAUUUCCGGGGCACUGGAACCAGGCUGGAAGUCAAGUGGCUUCUCCCUGUCCUAAGGAGGGUGUGAUGCCAGCCCAGCCUUCCCAUAUCUUUCAACCUAGCAGCCACAUAGGUUAGGAAAGUGGAGGCUCAUGGUGGGGCUGGGGCCCCGGAGGUGGGCUAGGUGUAAGGCAUCAGUUGCCGUGUGGGGGAGAAGGCCAGCUUUAAGAUGUAGUCCUGGGGACUGGGAGGGCAGCGGGUGAGUCACAGCCCUCUCUGUCUGCUCUAGCCAGGGGCGAUGUGUCCCCAGGUUUCUGGCAGGGGAGAUGUGCAGGGUGGGUCUUGGGGCUGGGUCUGCCUGGAGACCAGUUGGCCCAGGGGGAAGGGAGAAGCUGAGAAGUUCGUGUGACACCCUCAGCCAAGGGACAGUGCCAUCCCUGGGAACAGGAGGAAAAGCAGCCUGUCUGUGCUAAGGGCAAAUCCUCCGGUUUUGGAAGCGCCCCUCCCACCUUUGUAGUGCGGUUCCUAGGUGUGGUGGGGAAUGUGCUGUGCUCUCAGCAGACAGAACUGCUGGUGUGAAAGGCAGGGAUCGUUAGCCCACUUGAGGCUGGGAGGAAGCAGGACCAGGCCUAGGAUCUCCCCAGCAGAUGCAAACAAGUGUCCUCCCCUGAAUUGUGUGAACCAAAGUGUAAGGGGCUUGGGGCACAGCCCCAGUCAGCUCACCCCAGUCCUGCUUCAGAGCCAAGACCAGGCCAGGGUGAGGACCCCCCCAGUACCCUCCCUACAUCAAUGUGGCUGCUGGCCUGGACCCCAGGGGUCUGGUACAGCCAAGAUGUUCUGGACAACAUCCAGCUAAUUCAAAGGCCAGAGUGUCCUUUGGGUCCUCCUAGAGUCCCCCUAGGUCUCUGGCUGCCCAUGAGACUCAUGAAGCAGAGGGUAUCCCAGUCAUGGGGAGCAGAAAGAGCAAGUGGGUUAAGGAAGCCUGCAGGGGACCUGGCGGAUGGAGUUGACCAACAUCGCUGGGUGGCUACGGCCCUCCUUAGGAAGCCCAGAAGGACCUUUAUUAUUAAAAUAAUCAUUUUGAACCCUGCUCUAUCCCCUGCCCUCUUCCAGCCCCACCCCUCCCUGGUCUUGAAAGAAGACUAAUCAGUGGGCACACCAAGGGCCCCGAGGGGCAGGGAGAUGCCACCAUGCUGCUCUGUCACAGUAAGAAGGCUGACCAGCCACGCCCACCUCCUCUGUCUGACUGAGUUCCUUCCUGUGGCCACAGGGAGGGGCUGGUCCUUCCCCUCGGUGCUGGCUCUCUGUCACAAUGCCUCAAAAGACACGGAACCCAGGCCUACAACCGUCCCAACUGCUAAUUCUUUUCCUUUCAUUUUGCUUUCUGAAAGCAGUUUGUUAUACUAUUCAUAACACUGUAGAGUUUAAUUUCCUGUCAUUUUGGAUCUUAUAUAAAAAUGUGAGGAUUUGGAUUUUUAAAAAGAAUGACUCCAUUUUAGGUAGCCACUUUUGAUGUUAAUAUAUAGUGAGUCCAAUGUAUGCUUUAGAAGUAAAGACAUUGACCGUCACAGAUCA